AUCAUUCACAAACAUGAGGCCUAUACAAGCACAGACCCAAGUUGGGGCGUGGCGUACACAUCAGGUCCUAUAUCGCGGCAGAACCUUGUGUCGCUUUCAGCAUACCCAGGCAUCCGAGCCAAACUCCAACAAACUCCCACCAGUCGAACGUCCGUCACAGGCACUGGGUGACGUGGUUUGGGGGUUGAGAGCUGACAAGUACGAGAUUAUACAGGUUUCCACGUGGAAACCAAGAGGGCCAGUAUGCCGGACAUACCAAGCGAUAAAGUUGGUGGAGGGCCUAAAAGAAACGUUUGUUCUUAAAGAAGUACGAAGGUACUCGCAAGUCAGGCACUUGCUUGGAGCAUCUCAGAUGCUUCAACAGCACCCGAACUUGCAGACUUUGUACGACGUCGCCAGUGACGAGCAGCUUCUGAUAUAUCGCACCCUUCCGUAUAAUGUCAGCGGUCUAAUCCGCGAGCAUCCUGGGCUACCAUACGAAACACGCAAGGAAAUCCUCAAACGUGCUCUGACUGGCCUGGCGGCGCUUCACGACACAGAUCUCGCCCAUCUUAAUAUCAGACCAAGUGCCAUUCUUGUCGACUAUGGACCAAAGUUGGGAUCCAGUCCAUCCAAUGGCGUCCACAAGGUCCAGCUCGGUCGCUUUGAGGACGCCGUCUUACCUUACCUUUCUAAGCAGCGUAUCGAUCAUUAUCGCGUCGGCAUUGAAGAUUUGCCCUGGAAGAGUCCCGAGUUUUGGAUCCGAGGUCGCCAAGCCAGGCCAUCUGAUGUGUUUUCAUUUGGCCUCACGUCUGUCAACUUUAUGCUCAACAACCUCAACCUCAAGUGUGCCGACACCGGAUUCCCACAGAAGAGACUCGCGGCGUUGGGCGGACUCGCCAGCGGUGUCCCGACACAGAAACAACUGGCCAAACUCGAGAUAUGGUUCAACCAUUUCGGAGAUGCGGAUGCGUUGAUGGGGCUGCUCGAACAAGUCAAAGACGAACCUAACCAGUGGUACGGUCCCCUCAACAAACUCGUCAAAGAAACGACCUUUGGUCUUCGGAAGCCUUUGCCCGGGCUGGAGAAUCACGUCGACCUUGGGUUUGUGGACGUGGUCACCAAGAUGACUCAUCUGGAUCCAAGCAAGAGAAUCACGGCACGCGAGGCCUUGGAACACGAGUGGUUUGCAAACAUCGAGGUGGGGCCCGAGCACAUGUGGUACUCGCCCUUCAAGCCGCGCAAAAAUCAGCCAAACGCCCGGCAGUCUUUUGAUGAUAUUCAAACUGAGAGCGGGAUACCUAUUCGAAAGAUCCCGCAUUUUUAUCCACAGGACGUCACCCGUGAGGCCACCACACCGCGUGGCGCGGAGGUCGUCCAAAAAGAACAAGAUGAAGCACUAGUGUCAAGAAUCGCCCAAGAAGAACAAGACGAGCUACCCGUUUCAGAAUCAGGGGUCGUUCCCCAGGAUGAGGACAAGCCCCCGGUUCCAAAACCCGUCCCGGCAAUCAGAAACCUCAUCCGAAAAGUCUACAUCCCUCUCACCGAAUCUACAUUAAAGGCCUAUCGGCAGUAUGAUGGGAACAGCACGCUUGACCCAGAAGCGUUGGAGAAAAGGUCUUUCCAAGUGGAAAAGCUUGAACCGAGAACUCCUAAACCAGAGAAAGACUCCAAGAGGUUUUAAUUCAAGCAUCAGGAUCUGGCACUGAAGUCCAACCCGGAAUACACAGUUAUAACAGCACGUCAGCAUCUGACGCUUCGAGUAAAGGAAGCGAAUUUCUUCGUCAAAAUCAAAGAACAUCAACAUGAACCCCUUCCCGUCAAUAACUCCCUUUAACCGGCACAAAUCAGAUCACUCCCACGUCAUCCCCAGCCUCUGCAAGUAACUCAUCAGCGAACCCUUGGGUACGUAUCCUCCAUAGGUACUCUGAAACCAAGCCGCCCAGCUCCCCUCCGCCGGACCCUCGGCGCUGAAACCAAGCAGCACCAACACCCGUGGAGCAAGACGGACCAAAACCCCAAAUGUCACCAAUGACAGGAGCACCGUAGCAGCGAUUUCGUAGGGGUGGCCCUUGACAUACUCGACGAGGUCAUUGAAGAGCUCCUCGGCGAUGGUGAUGGAGGUGUCGUAGGCUUGGGAGAGGGCCUCGCCCCAGGACUUGCGGGACUCGGGAUCGGUGGCGGUGGCGAGGAGGUCGGAGAGGGCGCGGAGGAUCUUUUCGGCGAGGUAUUCGGACCAGGAGGUGGUGUGGAGGUCGAGGGUGGUGUCGAUUUGGGAUUGGGAGGCGGAGGGGGUGAUGGGGAGGGGUGUGGUGAGGAGGAGGGUGAGGAUGUCGUUGAUCAAAGGGGAGGGGGAAGGAGAGGGGGUAAUGGGUUGGGGUUCGGGUUGGUCGGUGUAUGGGGUGGUGGAGGGGUAGAGGGGGGAUUUCUCAUCGUGGUGGGAUGGAUGGUCGUCUGAGGUGGGGCCGCAGAGGCAGGAGAGGAUGUUGGGGAAGGCCAUUGUAAGGUGGAUGAAAGUUGGUGUUUUGCGAUAGAAGAUGUUGAUAGAUGUGAUAUCUCCAGUGGAUGUCAAACUGGGAGCAUGGGAUGAGGAAGCUUUCAUAAACUGGAGGAAGACUGGGAACAAUUGCGGUUUUGAGGACAUGAUGAGGCUCAGGUCGGUGGUCGCACAAAGGAGGGGCUGCGGGCCUCGGUGCAUGAGGACUGCACAUGCAGAUGCACGGUAUGUGGACGUCCUAUUUAACUGUCAGCCUUGAUUAUCCCUUUGUCUUUGACCAAUUCUGUCAAAGGAAAACAUAGGAUUGACGCAGGAUUGUGGCUGGACUUAGCACAGCGGUUAGGUGCAUGCGGUUUCAGGUGGCACGACAAGCUGUAGGACUGGUGAACAGUUGAAGGAGCUAUCUGAGCUCAGCCUCAGUUAAACCACAACAAGUCUGCCUUGACAGCAUGGUGAAUGAGUUCAGCUGGGUCUUGGAUAUGGCCAGCGUUUAGCUAUCUUCGACUUCCUAUACAGGCCGAAUCGGUGAACAUGUCACA